GAAGAUGAAAGGUAGCCGGAUCGAGCUGGGAGAUGUGACACCACACAAUAUUAAGCAGCUGAAGAGAUUAAACCAGGUCAUCUUUCCAGUCAGCUACAAUGACAAGUUCUACAAGGAUGUGCUGGAGGUUGGCGAGCUAGCAAAACUUGCCUAUUUCAAUGAUAUUGCAGUCGGUGCGGUAUGCUGUAGAGUGGAUCAUUCACAGAAUCAGAAGAGACUUUACAUCAUGACACUAGGAUGUCUGGCACCAUACCGAAGGCUAGGAAUAGGAACUAAAAUGUUAAAUCAUGUCUUAAACAUCUGUGAAAAAGAUGGCACUUUUGACAACAUCUAUCUGCAUGUCCAGAUCAGCAACGAAUCAGCAAUUGACUUCUACAGAAAGUUUGGCUUUGAAAUUAUUGAGACCAAGAAGAACUACUAUAAGAGAAUAGAGCCUGCAGAUGCUCAUGUGCUGCAAAAAAACCUCAAAGUUCCUUCUGGCCAGAAUGCAGACGCGCAAAAGACAGACAACUGAACAAAUUACAAAUGAACUUUCUUGCACUUGCUUGUCGCCAAAUAAAAGAGAGGCCCAUUGAUUUCCCCACCCCCCAGCCCUUUGUUUUGAAGCUUUUCCCCCUCCUUGUUCUUUUUUUUCCUCCUUUCUUUCCUUCACUUUCCUCUAAAAGUUUUAAUACUUUCAAAAUUAAUCAUGUUUAGGUUGUUUUUGUUUUCUUGUUUUUGUGAGGUGGUUUGACUGUAGGAAGGAGAGGUAUAGAUCUGUUUAUUUCACAGUUAAGAUAUAUGGUCCCGAAAAUUUGGGUAUCAAUUUCAGUUUAUUUUUAACUUUUUUUAAUGUCCUGCUUUCACAUUGAAGGGCAGAACCUACAAAAUAUUAUAUAUUUCAAAAGACAAAAAGCAGUAGCAAUAUCUUGUUCUCUAAUCAUAGACAAGUUUAGUGUGUUUGUGGUACUUUGGGUUUUUCACGACUGUUUGUGGGAUACUAAUCCCUAGACAUUGCCUUCAACUCCACCUUUUGUCCUUCUAAGUACUAUCUCAGGAGUUGGACUAUUGUUAUCCUUGUAAGAAAUACAAAGCUUAUUUUGUGUGUGUGUGUGUGUGUUUAAGCAAUUAUUUCUUCCUUCCUCAUUGGUGGCUGAGGGUGGGUGGGAUAGUUUGGGUAGGUAGUGUUAGACUUUGGUCUCAGUAUUUGAGUUAAACUGCUUUUUGCUCAUGAGUUGGUUGGUUGUUAGCAGGUUUAUUUUUCCUGCUGUUGAUUGUUAUUAGUGGCGUUAACUUUUAGAGUGUGAGCUGGUGAAAUUAAUUUUUUUUCCAAUAUUCCAGCUAAAGAUAUGGCCUUUAACACUGACCUAAAGAGGUUUGUUGUGACUUACUUUUUUUUUCUCCUGUCCCCUUUCUUCAGUAAACCCACAGUAGUUAGUCUAACCUUAAAAAUGGAGUUGGUGUCCUUAUAGGUCAAUACCCCUAAAGAAUCCUGAAGCAGGUGUUGUCUAUUGGACAUAUUAAAACAUACUUAAAGAUAAGAUUAGAUGGACUUGUGGCACAAUAAAUGCAUUUAAUGUCAGUUAAUGCAGGCUGUUAAAAGUGUGGCCACUGAGCAUUUGAUUAUGAGGAAAGAAUAUCUAGACAGUAUUUUUGAGAACGACAUAGCUGUGCUAUUAUCUGUUGGAGAACAUCCCAGAUUUGCUUACAUUCUGUGCCUAUGAUACUAAGUUUAAGGAUUCGGGGGAGGGAGAAUUGUUAAACAUAUUACUUCUUUCUUGGAAAAGUAAAAGUCUAGAAGUGUUACCAAUGCAAAUGUCACUGUGACCUCUACUGAUAGAACUGGUUUAUGCCAGAUCAUUUUCUGGUGCAUAAGGAGUGGUUUUGACAGGUUGAUAACUUUGUAAGAAAAGAGACAUCUGAAAUUAUCUUGUUUUCCUCCAUAGUCCCAUCUCCAAUAUUUAAAUUUUUAUGAUUGCCAAUAUUGGUGGCCCAACAAAUGAUCUCACUAGACUUUAAAAUAGUGCAUAGAGUUUGAAGAUUCUGUCAUUUGACUUUAAAAGGAAGGUUGUUUCAUAAUAUUUAUCCUCUUAUGUAAAUUCUGCUGUGAAAGUCUCAUCUCUCCAAAUAUGUUAAAUGACAAAAUUAUUUUACACAGUGUUUAUACACACUUUAUAAUCUUAAGUUCUUAUUUGAGAAUGUGAAAGUACAAAGUACAAUAGACUUCAGCAGUCUUAGUUGAGUGCCAACAAUAAUACAGAAAAGGAAGAUAGUUGAUGAAUGAGUUUAUAGGGUUCUAAUCUUAAGAUAGUAAAAAUGUAGAAAGACCAUGCUGGUUUCCUGGGUAUCAGUUACUUCAGCAGUCUAAAUCUAAGCUUAGAAUAAAAGUUUAGCAUUAAGCACCUUUACCUUAUGGAUAAGCUUCCGCUUGCUCUUGCCAAGAAAAGAGUGCUUGAGUUACAGAAGGCAUAAUUAGUUUGAAGAAUUCAGCCUUUUUGUAAACUUACAGAUAUCAAAAUAGAUUUUGAUAUAUAAAUGAGUUUUCUGAGAUGACACUGCCUCUAUUUCUAUAACCAUUUCACCUGGACUAUCAGUCCUAUGAAUGUAUCCCUAAAUGUUGUUAUUGAAAACCGAAUAGCUGCCUCAUGACAAUUAAGUACAUGUUAUUUAAGGAGGAAAAAAUAUUAAAUUUUGAAUUGAGUAUGUAGGCUCCCUAUCAUUAUACUGUUUCUUUUUCCACACUAGUCAAUAUCUUUAACCUAAAUUGUAAAUGUUUGUAAAGGGUUAAUCAUCCUACAUCAGACUUGUAUUAAAUAAUUCCAUCCACUUACGGAGGAGGAAGAUAUAGAAGAGGUAGAAGCUGGGCACUAGUUCAUAUGCUUAUGAGUCAGUAAAGCCUGAAAUAAGGCCCCAUGUUGAGUUGGUUAUUUUGAAAUAUGAUAAAAAUUAUUAUUGAGGUAAAACUAUUCUAUUAACUUGAUGAUUGGAUUACAGGAUAUAACCACCAUAUUUUUCAGGACAGACAGUUUUUAUCGUGGGAUGAAUAGGUAAAAAAUUAUACUGGAUGGCAAUUGUAUUUGGGUUCUAAAGAAAAAAAUCUGUAGAGAAAUCUAUGCAAUAUAUAAUUUGUCCAGAUUAGUUUUCAUAUGGGGAAAGAAGUUCUGAAAUAUCACCAAAGCAGUUUACUCAUCAAUUGAAAGUCCUCCAAAAACAGAACUAUUGGGAAACCAUGGUGUGUGGGGUGGAAAAGAAAAGCUCCCUCAGUUUUUUGGAGGGAAUAACUUUAAAAGUACUUAAAUGGCUAAGUUUACUUGGUGCAGUUAAGAAUUAAAUUUGUUGAUUUUAACAUUGCUGUUACAUCUGAAAUAAACUUAUGUGAUGUUCUAGUAA